AUGGCCACUAUCGUCGAGUCAUCCCGCAGCUCGACACCCGUCUCAGGAAGCAAUGCCAAUAGCGGGGAUUGCCGCAGCCCUAAAAACGAUCUCGAAGCACAACAGACUACAGCUUGUUCGGAAGAAACGAGUCAAUCUACGAAUUUGCAGGAUAUUAGCAGUGACCAAGGUCUACAGGAUAACUCCAAUGUGCCCCAUCUCUCUCUACCGCGACUAUUCUGGUUCUUCUUCUACAACUUUGGACUAUUUGCCUGGGGCGGUCCUGUAGCACAAAUUUCCAUGAUCAAGCAGCACUUGGUGCUUAAAGAAAAAUGGAUCACCCUCCCGCGCUUCCAACGCGUGUUCGCUGUCUACCAGAUCCUGCCAGGCCCAGAGGCAGCAGAGCUAUGCAUGUUCUUCGGGUGUCUCUCAGCUGGCCGCCUGGGUGGGAUUGUCGCCGGACUCGCUUUUAUCUUGCCCGGAUUCCUUCUUAUGCUUCUUGCAUCUUAUCUAUAUUUUCUGGCAGGCUUAGAGAACAUUUAUGUCAAUGGUUCCUUCCGGGCUAUCCAACCGAUGGUAUCUGCCAUGAUACUUCGAGCCACACACAAGAUCGCAGACCACUCUGUGUUUAACCACAACACUCGUAAAAUAGACCCCUACCUUGUCAUUGCUGGCCUCUGUACGGCGCUGAACAGUGCUCUUCGCAUCAACAUCUUCAUUUCCCUCGGUCUCUACGGUGUAAUAUACAGCUUCAUAUCCCAUGGCAAAAGAAUCAUCGCCCUAUGCCUCUUCAUCCUCCAGUAUGUUGUAUACGCAAUCUACGUGGUUUUCCGAGGCGUCCCAUCACCGGUUUCCCUCGCGCUCGGAAUAGCCAAGACACCCUUCCUUCCCAAUCUAUUCGCACUUGGACUAGUAGCCGGAAGCCUCUCUUUUGGUGGCGCAUACACCGCAAUACCCUUCAUCCAGGUCGAAGCCGUUCUCAAAGGUGGGUGGCUUCCAGCGCGCAUUUUCCUGGAUGGCAUCGCAAUUGGGAAUAUUCUCCCCGCCCCGCUUGUGAUCUUUGCAACUUUCGUCGGGUUUCAGGGCGGUUUGGCAGAUGACGGCCUUGGGACAGCUUUUGCCGGCGCUGUAGUUAUUACCAUUGGCAUGUUCUUCCCCUGCUUUUUGUUUACGAUUGCUGGACAUGACCUGUUAGAGAAACUUGUUCGCAAUAAGUUCCUUUCGGCCUUCUUUGAUGGACUUUGCGGGGCUGUAAUUGGUAUGAUCGCCAUUAUAGCGGUGCAGACGUUACACUCCAGCCUUCUAGUCUCCGACUCAAUGACAGCACCUGUUUUGCCGCAAAGUGUCACGAACGCUGAGAGCGCUUCGGCUGCUGUACUCUAUGUUGUUGCGCUGGCUGUCCUCUACAAAUUCACCAACAAGUAUACACCACUAAUUCUUGUUGCGGUCGGUGCUAUUGCAGGACAGUUUCUGUUUGUUUGA